AUGGAUGGGUCUGAUGAUGAGCAGGAACCUGAGCAAGUGGAGUUUAAUGCUAAGAGUGACAUGAGAAAUGUUGUACUGAAGAAGGAGAUGAAGUUCCCUAAUGCAAAGGUGUUCAGAGCUGCUUUGAGGGAGUAUGCAAUCAAAAAACCUGUUGACAUCAAAUUCAAGCUUAAUGAGAAGACCAAGAUAUCAGUUCACUGCAAGAAUGGGUGUGGGUGGAGAUGUUAUGCAUCUCAAAUAAGUGGAGAGCUAACAUUUCAAAUUAAGACCUUGACUGAUGACUGUACUUGUCCCAAGUCUUUCAAAAACAGCCAAGCAACAUCAGCUUAUGUUGCUAAGAGGUUCAUUGAGGAUUUUAGCAAAAAUCCAAAUUGGGAGGUGAGUGGUGUACACAACCAUGUGAUGCAAAAUUUAUCUGUUGACCUAAGUGUAAACCAAGUGUAUAGGUCAAAGAGAAAGGCAAAGGAUUUGAUAAAUGGAGAUGAACAACUGCAAUAUGGUGUCCUUAGGGACUAUGCACAAAUGAUAACCACUGUAGACAAGGGGAGUAGGGUUAUAUUGCAGACAGAAAUGGCUGAGGAGACUUCCCAGCCAAAAUUUAAAAGGAUGUAUGUUAGGUUCAAUGCUCAGAAGGUAGGAUUUUUAGGUGGAUGCAGGCCAUUUAUAGGUUUAGAUGGUUGUCACAUAAAGCACAGAUUUGGUGGGCAAAUCUUAUCUUCCACUGCCAAGGAUGCAAAUGACAACAUUUUUCCAGUAGCCAUGGCUGUUGUGGAACAAGAAACCAGGGAGUCUUGGAUAUGGUUUUUGGAAAUUUUUGCUGAUGAUAUAGGGAGGCCAGAGGAGCUUCAGUUGGUCUUCAUUUCUGAUAGGCAAAAGGGGCUUAUACCUGCAAUAGAGACACUAUUCCCUACCGUGGAGCAUAGAUACUGUGUGAAACACAUCUACAACAAUUUCAAAGUUGAUCACAAGGGAUUGGAGCUGAAGGAUGCAUUGUGGAGGUGUGCUGCUGCCACAACAGUAAGGGAGUUUGAGAGAUGCAUGCAGUACAUAAGGGAUUUGGAUGAAAAGGCAUAUGAGUAUCUUGCAAACAUUGCACCUGCACAGUGGACAAGGUCACACUUCACUCAUAGGGCCUUAACAGAUUGUUUGGUAAAUAAUUUGAGUGAGUCUUUUAAUGCAAUGAUAUUGAAGUCUAGGGACAAGCCUAUCUUGGCAAUGUUGGAGUGGAUUAGGGUUAGACUUAUGACUAGGCUUUACACAAAAAGGGAAGGGAUACAGAAGUAUGCUGGAAAGUUGUGUCCAAGCAUACAAGAUAGGUUGGAGAAAUUGAAGGUUGAAAGUAAGGCAUUUAGUGCUACCCCAGCUGGUAGUUUCCUUUAUGAGGUAGGCAGUCAGUAUGAGAGGCAUGUAGUUGAUUUGGUGAAGAAGACAUGUAGCUGUAGGUCUUGGGAUUUAAAUGGCAUUUCCUGCAAACAUGCCAUAACAGCCAUUUAUACAAAAAUUGAGACACCAGAAGACUAUACCCACCCAUGCUACUUCAAAGAAACUUACAUGGAGAUAUACAAGGAGGUACUUCCUCCCAUGCCUGGCCAGUCAGAAUGGGCUGAGACUGGACAGCCUGCUCCCCUGGCACCUCACAUAUACAAACCACCAGGCAGACCACCCAAGCAAAGAAAGAGGGCUUCUGAUGAGCCUAGGAACCCUUAA